AUGUAUCGAUUUAAUUCGACAUGGUAUGAGGGUUCAUAUUCUAGGUGGAUGGAGUAUAGUGUAAAGGAAGAUGUUGUGUUUUGCUUGUGUUGCUAUUUAUUCAAAAAUGAUUAUGUAAAGGGUAAUGCGGGUGAUUUUUUCACAAAAACCGGCUUUAAGGCUUGGAAUCAUAAUUUGGAGCGAUUCCAAUUACAUGUUGGUGAAGUAAAUAGCGUCCAUAGAAGAUGUUUCAGUAAGAUGCUAGAUUUUGAAAAUCAAUCUCAAUCAAUUCAAGUUGCUUUAAACAAGCAAUCUGAAAAAAAAAUAAGAAGUGAGCACCGUACUCAUUUAGAGGCUUCAACUAACGUGGCAAGGUUCCUCUUGAAAUUCGAAUUGUCUUUUCGAGGUCACGAUGAAAGUGAAUACUCCAAAAAUAAAGGCCUUUUUCUAGGCCUUUUGGAAUGGCUGGGAAAAAUGCUUCCCGAUUUGAACAAUGUUAUUUUAAAACAUGCUCCAAAAAAUGCUAUGAUGACUUCUUCAAAAAUUCAAAAAGAUAUUGUGAGUGCUUGUGCACAAGAAACCGUGAAAGCUAUAAUUGAUGAUUUGGAUGGAGAUUUUUUUGAAAUGUUAGUUGAUGAAUCCAAAGACAUAUCACACCAUGAAUAA